AUGUCCGACGAAGAAGUGCCAGGCGGCCCCAGCCAGGCUGAAAUCAAGGGAGAGAACGACCCAAACGCGCCGAUUAACGUCAAGGUUGUGACGUCGUCCGGCGAAGAAGUAUUCUUCAAGAUUAAGCGCAGCACGAAGCUGAGCAAGCUCCAGGGUGCCUAUGCGAGCAAAGUGGGAAAGGACGUGGCCACAAUCAGGUUCUUGUACGAUGGUAACCGGAUACAGGAAGACGAUACACCAGAGUCCCUAGAGAUGGAGGAUAACGAUACUAUUGAUGUUAUGGUUGAGCGUACGUUCGUUGCUUUCCCCUUCUUGUUUCUCAUGCUCAUGCUCGGCGUUGUGACGACCAGAGGUUGGAGGCUCUGCGCUGCCGUGACUAACCCUCUUCUUGUCGCUAUAUUCUGCUUCGCCAAUCAAUAUGAUAUUCAAAGUUGUACUACCUAUCGACAAUUGCACUCUCCCUUUCUUGUAAGCUCCCCCUAUAUGUGGUUUUUCUAA